CUGCGCUCUGGGCGCGCGCUCGGGAGGAGGGGGCCACACUGGGCACCCGUGUCCACUGCCCGGGAAGGGUGGUGGGGAGAGGUGAGACCCGGUUAUGGAGGACCCCGAGGACCUGGACGCCCUCAUGGACGAUCUGGACUUUCUGCCCGGUCACUUCCACCUGGAGCUGGAGCUCAACUUGGAGCCGCGCUCGCCUGCCCCGCUGCGCGCCCGGGACCUGAAGCUGCAACGGGAGGGUCUGCUGCAGGAGCUGGAGCUGGUCUCCGGGCCCCAGAGACCCGCCGUGCGCCACCUCCUGGGUGCAGUGGCCUUCUACCUGGACGAGCUGCCCGAGGCCCGCCAGCGCUUCCUCGAAGUGACCCGCGAGGACCCGGGCAACCUCAACGCCUGGGCCAACUUGGCACACGUGUACGGACGGCUGGGCCAAGAGGAGGAGGAGGAGGCCUGUGCCACGAGGCUGGCCGUGCUCAUGGGCCUGGAGAUGGACCCCGAGGGGGACGCGGGGGAGCCCUGGCUCCGAGCCGCGCGAUGCCUGGCCGAGCAAGGUUAUGCGCAUGGCUUGGACGUGGGUUGCACCAGCUCCGAGGAGCGCGCGCGGGGGCUGGCAGCGGGCAUCGCGCUCUACGACAAGGCUCUCGGAUACGGGCAACAGAUCCCGAUGGAGGAGAAAAGAGGCUGGUACAUCUCCAUGGCAACUCUCUUCAUCAGGCUAGAUGGCAUCCUCCUGGAGCUGGGUACUGGGGAUCAGAAGAGGUUGCCUGCCUUCAACCGUACCCUGGCCUUGCUCGGACAAGUUCUCAAGUCCUCAGACCCCCUAUGCCAAGCUCUGGCCUGGUGCUAUCUUGGCAUGCUACUGGAGAGGAAAGACACGUUCUCUACCACUCCCAUGGGCAUCCAUGACUACGGGUACUCAGGGACUGACCCGCUGGACUGCUUCGGCAAGGCCAUCAAGAUCGCCAAGGAGCAACCUCCCAUCCUGAAUCGCCUGGCCAAAAUCUUCCACUUCCUAGGGAAGCAGGAUAUGGCCCUUGGAACCUGCAACAUGGCCCUGGACGUGCUUGGAGACCCGCAGCUCAACUGGCAGGCGUACUGUACCAGGGCCAAGGUCCACAUCAGAGCCUACGUGCAUGACCUAGAAUGUGUCAAGAUCGGGAUCGGGAGCAUGCCUGACAGGAGCCACCUGGCCUGCGCCAAAGCUGAUCUUGAAGAAGUCAUCAAGGUGUCCCCACGCCUCAGGACCUACCUGGACAUCGGCCAGGUCUACUACUACAUGGGCGUGGAUGCCAUGCGGGAGCUGCUGGCGGUGGACGAGGCUGCGCUCGACCAGGCCCUGGUCUUCCUGGCCAAGGCCCAGGAGACGGAGGUGGGCGCCGCGCUGCCCGAGCUGCAGCUGCUGCGGGGCAAGUGCCUGCGCGUGCGGGGCGAGGAGGCGGGCGCGGCCGCCUGCUUCCAGCGCGCCGUGGAGCUGGACGACGCGGGUUCGAGGCGCGCCGAGGGCUUCGGCUGCCUGCUGGAGGCGCUGCUGGCGCAGUGGGGUCAGGCGCGGCUGAGCGACGCGGAGCUGGCCCGGCAGGUGGACGCCUGGCUGCGCCGCGCCCAGGGCAAGUACCCGGCCGUGCACCUGCGCCGGGAGCUGCGGCGGGUGUGCAGGGGACACACCCGGGAGGUCCUGGGACUGGCCGGGGCCCUGGUGGGAGAAGGCCGGCCGGCCCUGGUGCGGCUGCUCUUGGACACCAUGGAUGCCCGGAGGGACGGUGCGGUCACCCAGCAGUCUUCCUCCUUGCUCAGUCCCUGGGUGCCCGCGGCUGGGGCCCUGGUGGGGGCGGGAAGGACUGGGCCAGAGGCAGGCCAGCUGGCACAGGGAGCGGGCCGCAUGUGAUUCCUUUUGGGGAUGGAUGGAGAACAGAGAGAGAGAGAGUUCAAGGGUCUACAAGUGACACCUUGGCACCCGCACUCAUUGUGCAAGAGACAAGCAGGGAGGUGGCUUGCUAUGGUGGUUUGAUUCAGGUGUACCCCGCCCCCCCCAAUAAACUUAGGUGUUCUCAAUGCUAGGUUUCCAGCUGAGGG